AAGAACUUCAUUAAACUCCAAAACAAUAUACAGAUAUUUUCUGAGAGAUCAUCGUUCUCCCCUUCUCAAAUGUCAACUAUAACCGAAUAAGGCACUGUCCAAAAAAUAUUUUCAAGAUCAUAGUUAUUAGUUUUUAAACAAAACGAAAAUUGCAUUGGUUCUAGAAGCACAUGCAGAAUUAAAUAUGAGAGAGAGAGCACCGAUAGUAUAAUUACAGUGCUUGUUGAGUCUAGGGUUGCAUGCAACUAAUUAACACAACACUUAGCGUAGGUAAUUAGUGAUUGAGAUGGAUGCUCCUCUGCUUAGUGGUUCGUCGUUGGUGGCGGAGGACGGUGACUACGCGGAGGUGAAGGGGUGGAAGGAGGGGUGGAAGGUGGUGCGGAUUGAAACAGUGAAAAUAUGGCAGAUUGCACUGCCAAUAGUUUUCAACUUGUUGUGUCAGUAUGGUGUCAACUCUUUUACCAUCAUCUUCGUUGGCCAUCUUGGUGAAGUUGAACUCUCUGCUAUGUCUCUCGUUAACUCUGUCCUUGGCACUUUUGCUUUUGGCUUCAUGCUUGGCAUGGGGAGCGCAGCUGAGACGCUCUGCGGUCAAGCUUUUGGAGCUGGGCAGGUUCAUAUGCUUGGUAUUUAUUUGCAACGUUCGUGGAUAAUUUUGUUUACGACAAGUGUUUUGCUCUUGCCAUUAUACAUUUUUGCUGCUCCAAUUUUAAAGCUUCUUGGCCAACAGAAAGAUGUAGCUGAUCUCGCUGGAUAUUUAUCUAUUUUAGUAAUUCCUCAGUUUCUUUCACUCUCCAUCAGUUUUCCAACCCAAAAGUUCCUUCAAGCUCAAAGUAAGGUUAACGUCAUUGCAUGGAUUGGGUUUGUGGCUCUUAUUAUACACUUUGGAUUGCUCUGGCUCUUUAUUUAUGUGUUAGAUUUAGGCUUAGCUGGCUCAGCCGUGGCAUUUGAUAUCACAAGUUGGGGAAUCGCAGUGGCUCAACUUGUUUAUGUUGUGGGUUGGUGUAAAGAUGGAUGGAAAGGAUUAUCAUGGUUGGCUCUUAAGGAUAUUUGGGCCUUUGUUAGGCUCUCUCUUGCAUCAGCUGUUAUGCUUUGCCUUGAAGUUUGGUACAUGACGAGUAUCAUAGUUCUUGUCGGUCACCUUGAUAAUGCAGUGAUUGCUGUUGAUUCCCUCUCUAUAUGCAUGAAUUACAAUGGAUGGGAAGCCAUUAUCUUUAUUGGAGUAAAUGCAGCUAUCGGUGUCCGAGUUGCCAAUGAACUUGGACUUCGACGUCCAAGAGCUGCCAAAUACUCUGUCUAUGUGACAGUGGUUGAAUCACUUUUGAUCGGACUCCUUUUCAUGGGAAUUAUUUUGGUAGCUAGAGACUAUUUUGCCAUCAUUUUUACAAACAGUGUGCCUUUGCAAAAGGCAGCUGCCAAACUAGCAGAUCUCCUAGCCGUGACAAUGGUUCUAAACAGUGUUCAACCAGUCAUUUCCGGUGUUGCUAUUGGAGGUGGGUGGCAGGCCCUGGUGGCUUACAUCAAUUUAGGUUCUUAUUACUUGUUUGGCCUUCCACUUGGGAUUGUUCUUGGUUAUGUAGCAAAAUUGGGGGUGAAGGGACUAUGGGGAGGCAUGAUAUGUGGAAUAGCUCUCCAGACAGUGCUGCUCUUGUUCGUUCUUUACAAAACCAAUUGGAACAAAGAGGUCGAUGAAACAAAUGAACGCAUGCGGAAAUGGGGUGGACGUGCCAUAGAAGGUGAUAAGAUAGUAGCUUCUACAUAAUCUCUCCCUUCAAGUUGAGUCAAAUUCUGAUUCUCAGUCUCAGAAAUCCAUUUGGUCCAUUUUGCAUUUUAUGUUGCUGUUAAUGGGUUGUCUUCUGAGAAUUUUGAAUACAAAAAAACUUGGUUCAUAUUCCUGUCUCUUUGUUUUUCAUUUUUUUUAAUUAUCUGAUGCCUCGGUGAAAAUUUAAAAAAAAAUGAUUUAAUGAAAAUGAGCAGCGGUUAACUCGUUUUU